GGAUCGACCUUUCUCUUUCUCUCUCAGCCAUCCAGCCACAGACGCAUAUGCAACUAAGAGGGAUGUCACAGCUGAGAGAAAAUCAGUUGUCUUCGGUGUGUAUGCAAAAACAACAGAGCGCGGCCGUUCCUCGGGUUUACGCACGCCUAAUUUUCUUCUUUUGCGCGUCCGGAGGGGAAUCGGUCCUGUUCUUGGACUGCUGAUCGGUAUAUUUUGCCAUCUCUUUCUUGGUGGUAAUAAUGAUUCCUAGUCCGGUCAUAGGUUCGUCCUCCACGCCUUUUUCCGUGAAGGACAUUCUGAAGUUAGAGCUCCAACAACAGUCUCAGCAGCACCAGCUACAGCUGAUCUCCUGCUUCGGUCUCUCUGGUGCGCUCUCACAGCCUGGAGCUCUAUCGAACAAAUCCUUCCGUUCUCACUCGCCGCCCUCCUGCAUGCUGGCGGGCAGAGACACCCCAAGCCCCAUCAGCUCCUGCCUGUCGGAGAGCGAGGAGAGGAUGGCGUACCUCAACUCACUGAAUGUGCAAGACCGAUUGACGGACUCCGGUAUCCAGGUGGAGGUGUUCGGCGACCUGGGGCAAACCCACUCUGCAGACCUCCGGCCGGAGACAGAGCAGGACGAGCAUGACAGCAAGAGCUGCGGUGUCAUGCCGGGUGAGUGUGAGGAUCCAGACUCGGAGAAGCCGGCCACCAAGCAGCAGAGGACCAGACGGAAACCUCGCGUCCUCUUUUCCCAGGCUCAGGUGUUUGAGUUGGAGCGGCGCUUCAAGCAGCAGCGUUACCUGUCCGCCCCGGAGAGAGAGCAUCUGGCCAGCUCCCUUAAGCUCACCUCUACCCAGGUCAAGAUCUGGUUCCAGAACAGGAGGUACAAAUGCAAGAGGCAGCGGCAGGACAAGACCCUGGAGAUUGCGGGUCAUCAUCACCACCAUCACCACCCACCACCUCCAAGGAGGGUGGCUGUGCCGGUUCUCGUCCGAGACGGGAGGCCUUGUCUCGCUGGAUCUCAGAACUAUAAUCCCCCUUACACAGUCGGAGCUCCCAAUCCGUACAGCUACAACAGCUAUCCAGCCUACAGCUAUAACAACUCGGUGUAUAGCAACACUUACUCUUGUACUUAUUCUAGUUUCCCUUCUCUCCCGCCCAGCAACGCCUCUGCCAAUGCUUUCAUGAAUAUGAAUUUGGGGAACAUUAGCGGACAGACGCAAAGCCAGACUCCCCAAGGACCAAGUGUCACACCCUGCCAGGGAGCUCUGCAGGGUAUCCGGGCAUGGUAGCGCGGUCUUUGCGCACAAUCAGAAGCCUGUCUUUAUGGAUAGACUCGAGCAUGUAAACAUCUUCAACUAAUCCCGUGAAAACCACAAUUUCAAAUUCCGUAACACAUUACAGAGCGCAGGGGUCAUUUUGUUCUAACUCCACAGGAAUAUGAAGAAAAAUGGACUGAAAUAAAAAUAUAUCUAUUAUAAUUUUUUUUUCCCCUCUGAGCCACGUGUUUAGAAAACUUAGUGAAGUUGUUGUGUUAUGUUUGACGGAUUAGCCUAAACUAUCCGUAAUGGUUCAAAACUGAUGUAUUGUGCUUAAAAAAUAAAGGAAAAUCCCAUAUAAAUUUUCGGUUACGCAAAGACUAUUAGAUUAGAAUUCAUUAAGAAAGUGAAGUCUUUCAUGAAUUUUAUUUGGAUGCAUAAAGUUGCAAGAAAUUAACAUGGAUCACAAAUGCAGGACAAUUUAGUAUUAUUUCUAUUAAGCUCUUCCCCCCUCUUUUUUAAAUUUGUGUGACUUGGGUUUAACCUUAAGGCUUUGUUUUUUCACUCCAAAACGAAGUGAGUGACACUGAAAGCCAAUGAACUGAUUAAAAAAAGAGGUGCUCAAAUAAGGCUGUUUCUAGGCUCGAGUUAAAAACCACAAAAUGAUGCAAGUUAUCAGCGAUGGUGGAAUUAAAGGGCAUAAUAACUGUCAUGGCACGACUG